AUGUCCAGCAAUAACAAUAACAACCGGAGCAGUCAAUCCCAAUCCCAAUCGAUAAAUAACGGUGGAUCGUCACCUUUAUUUUUCCCAUCCUCUUCCAAUCCUCCAUCAGAUAUUGGCACCCCUGCUGCUGCUCCUCCUGCUCCAAGGAGUCAUGUUUCCAGCAGUCAUGGGGGAUCUUCUCCAUUACAUUAUUCGUCAUCGCUUUAUAAUUCCGACACCAGAGGAGGGAAUGGUGGAGGAAUUACCUCUGAUGUGAGAUCUGAUUUGACUUCGGAUGCCGCGAGAGAAAGAUUCCGUCGUAACAAUUAUCAACGUGGUGAUUUGAAUUCUCCAGAUUCCAGUUUACCAAGAAGAAGAUACUUUGCCGAUAGUCCAUUGAAUUCCCGAAACACGAUUUCUUCCAAUGGGUUGAACUCUGAUAUGACGGAAACCGGGAACGAUGAGCCAGUGAGAGUGAUUUGGGGAACUAAUGUCAGCAUCCAAGAAUGUUCGAACAAUUUUAGAAAUUUCAUCAUGUUGUUCAAGUAUAAAUAUAGAAAGACUUUCGAUGAAGAUGAAGAGAGCACUGCCGAGGAAGAUAAUGAAUUAUAUUACAUCAACAUGCUUAACGAGAUGAGAAAUGUCGGGACGACUAAUUUGAACUUGGACGCUAGGAAUUUGCUCAGUUAUAAUCCUACGAAAAAAUUGUAUUAUCAAUUACAAAACUACCCACAAGAAGUCAUUCCAAUCAUGGAUCAAACCAUUAAGGACUGUAUGAUUGCCUUGGCGACGGAAAAUAACCAAAAUUUUAACGUGGAAGACAUUGAAACCAAUAUUUACAAAAUUAGACCGUUCAACAUCCAAACCCAAAGAGGGAUGAGAGAAUUGAAUCCAAAUGAUAUUGAUAAAUUGAUCAGUGUCAAAGGAUUGGUAUUAAGAUCUACUUCGAUCAUCCCUGAUAUGAAGGUUUCCUUUUUCAAGUGUAAUAUUUGUGAUCACACUACUUCGGUGGAAAUCGAUAGAGGGGUGAUUCAAGAACCAUCGAAAUGUCCAAGAUGUAACACCAGAAACUCGAUGACAAUCGUUCAUAACAGAUCGUCGUUUUCUGAUAAACAAGUGAUCAAACUUCAAGAAACCCCUGAUUUGGUGCCGGAUGGGCAAACUCCCCAUUCGGUGUCGUUAUGUGUUUACGAUGAAUUGGUGGAUUCGUGCCGGGCUGGUGAUCGGGUAGAAGUAUGUGGGAUCUUUAGAUCGAUCCCGGUGAGGAUGAAUGCCCGACAACGCGCCAUGAAGAGUCUAUUCAAGACGUAUGUUGAUGUAGUGCAUGUGAGGAAGAUCGAUAAGCGAAGAUUAGGGGUCGAUGUUUCUACUUUGGAUCAUGAUGCGCAAGACGCGAUCAUUGGGGAUGCUGCAGAAAGCGGGGGCGCUGCCACCACCACCACUGCCGAACAGGCAGUGAAUGAACACCUCCAGAAUAACGUUGAAGAAGUGCGGAAAAUCACUGAACAAGAAAUUGAGCAAAUUAGAACCACUGCUGCUAGAUUCGACGUCUAUGAAUUGCUUGCCAGGUCCAUUGCUCCAAGUGUGUACGAAUUAGACGAUAUUAAAAAAGGGAUUUUACUACAGUUGUUUGGUGGAACCAACAAAUCGUUCAAUAAAGGUGGAAGAUAUAGAGGAGAUAUCAAUAUUUUGCUUUGUGGGGAUCCUUCGACUUCGAAAUCGCAAAUCUUGAAAUACGUCCACAAGAUUGCCCCUCGAGGGAUUUAUACGUCUGGUAAAGGGUCGUCUGCUGUGGGUUUAACCGCGUACGUCACCAGAGACGUCGAUACAAAACAAUUAGUGUUGGAAUCCGGGGCAUUGGUGUUAUCCGAUGGCGGGGUCUGUUGUAUUGAUGAAUUCGAUAAGAUGAGUGAAUCCACCAGAUCGGUGUUGCACGAAGUUAUGGAACAACAAACGAUUUCCAUUGCUAAAGCCGGGAUCAUCACCACUUUGAAUGCCAGAACCUCGAUCUUGGCAUCGGCUAACCCUAUUGGAUCACGGUAUAAUCCUGAUUUACCAGUGACUUCGAACAUUGAUUUACCACCACCGUUGCUUUCAAGAUUCGAUUUGGUGUAUUUGGUAUUGGAUAAAGUAGAUGCGGUUACCGAUAGACUGUUGGCGUCGCAUAUCGCCAACAUGUAUUUGGAAGAUGAAGUGAGCCAUGUUUCUAGUAGUGAGAUUCUCCCAGUGGAAUUCUUGACAUUAUAUAUCCAAUACGCCAAGGAACAUAUCAAACCGCAAAUCACCGAGGACGCUAAGAAUGAAUUGGUCAAAGCGUACGUGGGGAUGAGAAAGUUGGGUGAGGAUGUUCGCAGCUCUGAACGUCGGAUUACCGCGACCACCAGACAAUUGGAAUCGAUGAUCCGUCUUUCGGAAGGUCAUGCCAAGAUGAGAUUGAGUAGACAAGUCGAAUUACAAGAUGUUCAAGAAGCGGUCAGAUUGAUCAAAUCAGCGAUUAAAGAUUAUGCCACCGAUCCAGUGACGGGGAAAAUCGAUAUGGAUUUGGUGCAAACUGGACAAUCAGCAGCUCAAAGAAUAAUGAAGGAUGAUUUGAUGAACGAAGUGGUUUCCAUAGUUCAAUCACAUAAUAAUAUCAUGAGUUAUAACGAUUUGAUCAGAAGAAUUAAUGACCAGUCGCAAAUCAGGGUGGAAAAUAUCGAAUUAAGUGAUGUGUUGAAUCUUUUGCAACAAGAAAAUCGGGUGGUGAUCACUGGUGAAGGGUCGAGAAGAAGUAUUAGAUAUAUUGGAUCGUCUAUUUGA